GUAUACAUUAAAAACAACAAAACAAGCUCAGCCUUCUAUAGAUUCUGAGUAUCGGAAUACAUUUCCUCAUAAUCAGGCCAACAUCCAUCAUAUUCAAAACACAUAUUUUUCAUAUUGCUGUGAACACUUGCUAAAAGACAGACGUUUAUUUGUAGCUAAAAUGUUCAACAAGAUAGUCACGAUCUUGGUGUUCGCAUCGUCAGCUGUGAUGCUGCCUGUCCUACCGGGCUGCCAAGCCGGAGGGUGUGGGUGUCCUCCCCUGUGGACAGCCUUCCAGAGUAACUGCUACAGGUAUUUCUCGGUGAAAAACAUUACUUGGCUUGGAGCUGAGAUGCACUGCUCUGGUUUCUCCGUUCCUUGUUCUGAUGUUGACUCUACCAUCAGCCUUGGACACCUCACUUCUAUCCAUUCGAAAGAAGAGAUGACCUUUCUUUCGGUGCUUCAUGAAAGCCUUCGUAGUAAAUUGGUUACAUCCACUACCUAUGUAUGGAUCGGUCUGCAUGACCAGACUACGGAAGAUAGCUGGGAAUGGAGUGACGGCUCGAGUCUAGACUAUGAGAUCUGGGAGCCAGGACAGCCUAGCAGCCAUAAUGGAAACCAGGACUGCGUCAUGUUCUUUUCGUCCAACAAAUAUAAGUGGAAUGAUCUUGCUUGUGAUUCUGACGGCGACACUGCAUACCAUGGGUCAGCUUAUGUGUGUAAACUACCACAGUGGUAAUGUGUGUAAAUUACCAAAAAUUGAAAAUAACAUUGAAAUUAAGUAUUAAUUGUCCAUUCGGAUUGUUUUUUUGAUUGGCAAGACCUACUGAGAUAAAUUUACGGAAAAAAAAAUCAUAAUCAUUUACAGUAAUAAAUAACUAAAUUCACAACAGAUUUAGUUGGGUAAUUUACAUGAAAUACGUUUCGUACAAUGAGGAUGAGUUGAAGAGGACCAAAGUUAGGUAGGCAGAGGGGAUGGGUAGAGCAGUGAAGAAAAGAUAGAAAGAGAGAAAGUCUAAAUCAGAUCGUAGAUGAUAAUAAAAAAGGAAAAGGAUAUAUGGAUACAUGGAUUUAUAUGUGGAUUUUUGUGUAAAUUACCAAAAUGGCAAUGUGUGUAUUUGUUAAAGCUACCACAAUGUCGAAGUGUUUAAAUUAUUGCAGUGGGAUUGUGUGUAAACGACUACAGUGGUAAUGGGUGUAAACUGCCACAGUGUUGACGUGUGUAAACAACAUCAGUGGUUAUAUGUGUAAACGCUCACAGUAGUAAUGUGUGUAUACGACAAACAGCAGUAAGAAGUGUAAACCACAGUGGGAAUAAGUUUAAAGUAAUAUAGUGGUAAUAUGGGUAAACUACCGCAGUGGGAAUGUGUAUAAACUACCACGAUGGUAAUAUGUGUAAACUACCACAGUAUAAUUACGUGUAAACUACCGCAGUGGUAAUGCGUGUAAACUACCACAGUGGUGAUGUGUAUAAACUACCACAGUGGUGAUAUGUGUAACGACCACAAUGUUGGAGUGUUUAAGGUACUGCAAUGGUAAUACUAGAUGUGAACGACCACAUUAGUUACGUGUGUAAUCGAACACACUAGUAAUAUGUUUAAAAUACCACAGUGGCAAUGUGUGUUAAUCUACCAUAUUCAUGUUGUUUGUAAAAUACCAUAUUGGUAAUGUGCGUAAACUACUACUUUGGUAAGAGUCAUUUGUAAACAACCCCGUUUUAUAUCCUUUACAAAGUUGACAUAAUAAAAUAAAAUUGCCUGUAAGAUUACAA